GGCAACCCAGAUGUGUCGCUCAGCAGGUAAUGUUGCGGGAGACCCAGACCUGGUGCCGAGGUGGCUAGCUCGCUCCCCGCCCUAGACUGGAAUAAGGAGCCAUGGGGCGGACCGAGCCAGGGUUUCAGGGGCAAGACAGAUCGAGGCUGCCGAUGGAAGGCAACCCCCCUGAUGGCACUGGCCCCAUGCAUGUACCAUUUGGGCACAUUGUGGCCAAUGAGAAGUGGCGCGGUUCGCAGCUGGCACAGGGAAUGCAAGGGAAAAUUAAACUCGUUUUUGAGGAUGGCCUGACACCGGUAGAUUUUUACUUAUCUAGCAAAUCCUGCAUUCUUUAUAUCACCGAAGCUGAGUUGGUGGCAGGAAAUGGCUACAGAAAGAGACUUGUUCGGGUUAGAAAUUCCAAUAAACUUCAAGGGAUUGUGGUAGUUGAAAAAACGCAGAUGAGUGAACAGUAUUUUCCAGCUGUACAGAAGUUUACUGUUCUGGAUCUUGGGAUGGUGUUGCUUCCAGUAGCCAGCCAGAUGGAAGCAUCCUGCCUCAUUAUUCAGUUGGUUCAAGAGCAAACCAGAGAGCCCAGUAAAAACCCUUUUCUCAGGAAGAAACGGGCUCUGGUCUCUGAGCCGGCGCUCCUCCGAAGUGUGCAGCAGAUCCCAGGAGUCGGGAAAGUGAAAGCCCCCCUCCUGCUUCAGAGGUUUCCAAGUAUCCAGCAACUAAGCAACGCGUCUCUCCGAGAACUGGAGGCGGUAGUAGGACCAGCAGCAGCCCAGCGCAUUCACGCAUUCUUCAGCCAGCCCAGGCACUGAAAUCAGGCUGUAUGUAUAAGCAGACAUACAAUAUAUAUCUGAAGCCGCUGGGCACAUUGUUCAUCAAUAUAAAUCCAGGAAAGAAGUUUGAAUGAUGCAGCAAGAAAGGAGGGGAAUUCACGAUAAAAUGUCGCUCCUGAGUUCGGCACCUCCGGAUGAAGACGCCUCUCCCUAUUCUAUUAAUAUAAAACUGCCCAUUAGACUUGCCCGGUGCUCCAGUUGUUGCGACUUGGCACUUUCACUGUGGUGGCCUGGGUUCUUGGGGAACUAAGAUCCCAAAAGCCACACAGUGUGGCAAAAACGGGAAAGAAACCCACCCUGUACCCAUCAGCAGCUUCUCCUCAAUCCCUGGUGCCCCAGCCUCUGGCAAGCACUAACCUACAUUCUGUUUC